AUGGAGGCUGGAAACCAUCCCUCUCCAGACUCACGGCUCAGGCGAGCCGCCCAGAUCAGCCUUCUGAGGUCCAGCCUCUCCGCGGCGGUCCACUGCUGGCUCGCCAUCGGCCAAAUUAUCUACAGCCCUGCGCCCCUCAGCAACGAUUUCGUCUUCUUCGGCGUGCUCCUUCUCUACCUCCAGCUCGUCAUGUUGCUGGACGCCCUCGACACGACCGCCAGGCUGUGGCGACCGGGCCGGGGCAAGGCGCUGCUCAAGGCGGUGAUUGUAGGCUUCAGCACCGCGUUGGCGUACGCCAUUCUCGCGGCCGGGGGCUGUGCGCGCCAGGGCCAGUGGCUUUGGUGGGCGCUAGCCGGCGUCUUCGGCGGGGUCGGGGUCUGGCCCCCGGGUCCGGUAGCGGCUGGAGAGGACCGCGAAGACGGAUGA